CAAAUCAGAUUUUAAGAAACAAAUCGAAAGUUUAAGGCAUCAUUCAGCUGAUUUUCGGUGAACUUGCAUCUUGUCUCCAGACGGAGUUGAAUGACUGGAAUAGAGAAGCUAGGAGAGUCAUAGAAAUAGGGAAAACUUAAGCUGCAGCAUCAUUUUGUUAUGAACUCCUUCGAUUGUAAAAUAGUCAGCGUCAGUACGUCUUAACAUGAGCACAGUUUCACCAGCUUCUCUUGAGGAAAUAUGCCUGGGUUUUAUUUGUGCAAACAUUGAGGAUUUAUGCCACAAGGAUGUCAAAGAUGUCCAAGAUAGCGAGGUUUCCUUUAAAAAACUCAGUUUUAUUUCUCCGUUAUUUCUCCCCGAACAACUGGCAAACAAUAUUGUGAGAUGUCUGUCAGUUAAUGGAAAACUGACAGAUAGGACGGCAUCUUUAUUUGUUGAUCCGAGGAGUUGUAGAAUCAGAAAGUUCUUUCUCAGGAAAUGCCAGUUAAGUUUUACAAUGCUGAAACUACUCCUUGGCAAACAUAAAGUUGUGAAACUAGACUUAAGUGGAACAAAUACGUUCUCAUCGUCAGUAUUGUGUCAACUGCUGAAUGGAAUGUCAUCGACUGUGAGGGAGUUGAACUUGAGUCGCACAUCAUUUGUCUUGGACUUUUCUUCCAUGAAACCACUGAACUGUUUAACUCAUUUAGAUGUGAGCCAUUGCACUCCCAUAAAUGACCACCUGAUGUCGGUUACUGCAGAGAAUGUGGAUUGUUUACAACACAUUAAUAUCUCUAAUACUGCAAUAAGACAUGUCUCCUCAUUUGGAAAACUUAGAGGUCAACUGAAAACUUUAAUUGCUUUUAACACACCGGUAGCAUGGACAGAACCUGCUGAGUUCAAGGACUUUACAUCAUUACAAAAGCUUGAUAUUUCAAGAACUUUUGGUAACGAUUUGUUUCAGGAUUGGACAAGCGAGUCUUUGAAAUAUGAUAAAAUGCUUACAGACCAAUGUAUGAUGCCAGAUCUGGUGUAUUUAGAUGUUUCGGGCAUUACCACAGUCACAGCAGGUGCAUUGGAGUCAUUUCUUUGUUCUCAUCCUAAACUUCAGUUCCUUGGCCUUUGUUUGACAUCACUGGAAUUACAAGAACAUCUGGAAAGAAUUUUUCCCAUUAUUAAGAUAACAGGUGAUGCUACUGAGAAACAGAUCCUUUCUGCAUUGCAAAUGUACCCAGACAGAGUUGACUACAUGAGAGAAACUUUGCGAGGAUUGUUUCACAUCAGCAAGGACUGGACUGAAAGGAAACCACAAGUUCUUGAGCUAAUACUUAUUCCAAUGGAAAAACAUCCAGAUGAUCUCAAUAUUCAAAUGGCAGCUACAGCUUGUGUGUUCAACAUUAUCAAAGACAGAAGAGGAGAAGCAGACCCAGAAGUGCAUCCUCUUUUUCUAAGUAAAGUGGCAUCAUUAGUUCUUAUAACAAUGAGCACCUUUUCAAACAAGCCCCAGCUUCUGAGGAACUGUAUGUUAAUUUUGGAGUCACGACAAGUUCUUAAAAAGGCAAGAUUCAACUACUUUGAAGCAUCAUGCUUGGCUAUGGAUGCUCUGUACGAAUUCCCUGAUGAUCAGGAUAUUUCUCAGCUGGCUACAAAGCUAUGUGCAAUUUUGUCUGCUAAGCUGCCCACGCAAGAAUUUACACUUGCUCUUGGUUCAGAGAGAAACUUUAUGACCAUGUUUAAUAUUGUUCAAGAAAAGAUCAGGGCAAGUCAGGAGGAUCUCACAUUGAGUUUAGCACUCACUGUUCUGUGGAACUUAACUGAUGAGACACCUAGCACUUGUUCUCUGUUUGUUGAGAGGGGAGGUUUAGAAUUGAUUGCAAAAGGCCUGAAGGUGUUCACAGAAGGAAACCAAGAGAAGAUUGUCAUUAUCAAAAAGAAACUUCUUGGAACUCUAAACAAUAUAGCUGAGGUUCCACAUCUAAGGCACUUACUCAUCACAGAUGAAUUUAUGAGUCUCUUAGGGUCUCUCCUGGAGGAUGGGCUUAUACAGUUGUCCUAUUUCUGUGCUGGAGUUCUGUCCAAUGUAAUGGUGGAGUGGUCUGAUGAUAAAGAGCUACAGUUGCACAGCAAACAGUAUAUGCUUCACAGACUGGAACAAGCUGUUAAAAGUUGGGAAUCACCUGCAGAGCAGCUUGUUGCAUAUAGGUCGUUUAAACCUUUUGUCCCACUCCUCCAGUGCUGUAUGCCUGCUGUACAGAUGUGGGCUUUGUGGGGAAUCCAACAUGUCUGUACCAGAAAUGGGCGACGUUAUUCCCCUCUUCUUUUUGACUGUGGAAUCCUGGAUAUUGUUCAGAGGGUUUUAAACACAUCACAGAGUGGAGUCAAAGAGCUGGCAGAGAAGCUCUUAAAUACAGUGGCCAAUUUGGAGUCACAUCAAAAAUAGAUUAACUUUAUAUAACUGUAAGACAGUGACAGUCGUAAUGACUAAGAUAAAGUUUAUAUUUAUAGCUUAAAAGCAGUUUUAUCAGAGAUGUUCUCUUGAAAUACCUUCAGCAGGUCUUUUGUGAAAUUUUACAAGCUAGGUUUGUGACAGUGGAAUAAAUUUUUUUAAAUUAAUCUUCA